CCGAUCGGGAGGAUCCAGACAUGGUUCAUGGAAGCAAUAUCGAAGGCCUGGAUAGCGGCAGUAGUCAAGGCUUCGUUCAAUGAGGCAUUUUUCCCUUUGAGCUGACGCCCAACGGGGUCAGCGACUGGCCAGCCCAAGGGUGCAAGACUCAGUGCGCGAUUAGAGCAAGAAGAUCGCCUUCCAUGCUCUGAGUCGUUGUCCUGAGGUGCUAAAAGUUUGUCGCCUUAUAUAAAUCGGUCUCUCCUCUGGAUACCCACUUCUGCUCUCUUCUCGACAUUAUUCCAACUCUCCUCUCCUCCCCCAUCUUUCCAGACCUUCACAUAAACCCGCAACCAACUCUGCUCCGUAUAACUAGUAUCUAACCACCAUGUCUUUCUCCGGGCGUCGCGUGAGCAUCCUGCGUCCUUCCAAUCGACGCUUCUCAGUGGGCAAGGAACUGUCAACCAACGAACUUCAAUCCGAAACCCAUCGUCAGUUCCGAACUGCCCACGAAGGUCACCGUCCCCAUGCUGGUCUCGAUGCCUCCCGUGCUUCCACCGGUGUUGUCUGGUGUACCGAGCGUGCCUCAGAACACGGCUAUCUAGAAGAUCCCACCGGCUGGGCCAACCUUGGCCAGGGUGCCCCUGAAGCCGACGACGAAAUCGAGGGCAGCUUCCCCCGUCCUGAAUCUAUCCCCAUCACCUCCGCCACUCGAGAAUAUGGCCCGACUGCCGGAAUCAAGCCCCUCCGUGCCGCAGUCGCCCGCCUAUACAACGAACACUACCGCCAGGGCAAGGCGAGUCAGUAUACUUGGGAGAAUGUGUGCAUUGUCCCCGGUGGUCGUGCCGGAUUGAUCCGAAUUGCAGCCAUUCUAGGCAACUCAUAUCUAUCCUUCCCCAUUCCCGAUUACUCUGCGUACUCGGAGAUGUUGAGUUUGUUCAAGAACAUUGCUCCUAUCCCAAUGCCUCUUGCUCAGGAAGAUCACUACCACAUCCAUCCCGAUAAGAUCGCCGAGGAAAUUGCUCGUGGUACAUCGGUCAUCCUGACCUCCAACCCUCGUAACCCGACCGGACACUUUAUUUCUGGCGAUGAGUUGUCCAACAUCCAGGAUAUCUGCCGUGAUCGUGCUACUCUCAUCCUCGAUGAGUUCUACGGUGGCUACAACUAUACCACCGACUGUGAUGGCACGACCAUCAGUGGUGCUGCAAAUGUCAUCGAUGUAAACAAGGAUGACGUUCUUCUGAUCGACGGUCUCACAAAGCGCUUCCGUCUGCCGGGUUGGCGUAUUGCCUGGGUUGUCGGCCCCAAGGAAUUCAUAGAUGCCCUCGGCUCUGCAGGGUCCUACCUCGACGGUGGCGCCAACGCUCCCUUCCAAGAAGCCGCUAUCCCCAUGCUUGAGCCCUCGCUCGUACACACCGAAAUGAAGGCGCUACAAGGCCACUUCCGCGAGAAGCGAGACUUCGUUCUCCAGCGUCUUCACGAAAUCGGUUUCCGCGUCCAGGACGUCCCGCAAGCAACAUUCUACAUCUGGCUUGACUUGACUUCGCUCGACCCACCCCUUCCCAAGGAAGCUAACAUCUCCGAUGGACUGAACUUCUUCAAUGCGCUUCUGACCGAGAAGGUCAUUGUCGUGCCCGGUAUCUUCUUCGACUUGAACCCGGCUAAGAGACGUGACUUGUUCGACAGUCCUUGCCACCACUUUGUGCGCUUAAGUUACGGGCCGAAGAUGGACGUUUUAAAGAUGGGUCUUGACGGUAUUGAGCGAGUUAUUCGCCGUGCGCGGGGAGAGCACUACGAGCCUACGGCUCAGGAUGAGGAGGCUAUCCAGGACGAUUAGACGAUACAUAUGCAUAUUUCUAGCAUUUAGACUAUUUUAAUCCUUUCAUUAUUGCCAUUGAUUUUAGUUUCGCCCCUAUCAAUUCGUGCUGGAACUAUAAGUCACGUGAAAAGUCAUCUCCGCAAGCCCCCGUCUUAU